AUGCUUCUUUCCUGGGAUUCUGUAAUUAACUAUUCUCCUUUUGUUUUUAUUGGUUUAAUUACUGUUGCUAUGCAACGUUCCCCUUUAAAGAAAUUGUUUACUAGUUUUAAAAAACAUAAUUUUUCAACUGUUGCUCCUACUACCACCCUCAAGACUAAGAUGACUUUGCCACCUGUGUUAGAGGCACGUAGACCUACUCAAUGUCCUGAGUUUGAUUACUCAACUCUGUCUAACUAUAAAGAUUUUACAGUUAAACACACUACAUUAAAUAUGGAUAUUAAUUUUGAAAAGAGUAAAAUUUCCGGUAAUGUAAUUUAUCAAUUGCAUCGUAACAAUAGUCACGAUAAUAAACAGUUGAUUCAUUUAGAUUCUUCCCAUUUAAUUGUCUCUUCAGUUCAAGUUGACGGUGUCGACACCAAAUCAUUCCAUUUGGAGGAUCGUAUAGAACCAUUGGGUUCUAAAUUGACCAUUGAACCACCAAAGGAAUUACCUUCAGAAUUUCAAUUAACAUUAGCCUUUGAAACUACUGAUAAAUGUACUGCGUUACAAUGGUUGACAGCAAAACAAACCUCAGGGAAACCUUAUGUAUUUUCUCAAUUGGAGGCUAUCCACGCUAGAUCUUUAUUCCCUUCAUUUGAUACUCCUUCCGUAAAGAGUCCCUUCACCGCUAACAUUACUUCUCCAUUACCUGUGGUGUUCUCUGGGAUCACUUCUCCUGGAGCUGAGGGAACUACUUAUACAUUUGAACAGACUGUACCUAUUCCUGCAUACCUUGUUGGUAUUGCCUCUGGUGAUUUGGUUAGUGCUCCAAUUGGACCUCGUUCUACUGUAUACACAGAACCAUUCCGUUUAAAGGAUGCUCAAUGGGAAUUUGACGGUGAUGUUGAAAAAUUCAUUACAGCUGCAGAAUCUAUUAUAUUUCCUUACGAAUGGGGAACUUAUGAUAUCUUAGUCAACGUAGAUUCUUACCCUUAUGGUGGUAUGGAAUCACCAAAUAUGACAUUUGCUACACCAACAUUAAUUGCUCACGAUAAGUCUAAUAUUGAUGUCAUUGCUCAUGAAUUGGCUCACUCAUGGUCAGGAAAUUUAGUGACUAAUUGUUCUUGGAAUCAUUUCUGGCUGAAUGAAGGAUGGACCGUUUAUUUGGAACGUAGAAUUGUUGGGAAAUUACAUGGUGAAACUACAAGACAUUUCAGUGCUUUGAUCGGUCUAACAGAUUUGAAAAACUCUAUUGAUUCAAUGACUAAUCCAAAGAGAUUCUCUACAUUAGUUCAAUGUUUGAAUGAUGGUACUGACCCAGAUGAGGCCUUCUCUUCUGUGCCAUAUGAGAAAGGUUUCAAUUUCUUGUUUUAUUUGGAGAACCUUGUCGGUGGUCCACAAGAAUUUGAUCCAUUUAUCAAACAUUAUUUUACUAAAUUUGCAAAACAAUCUCUAGAUACUUUCCAGUUCUUAGACACUUUAUUUGAAUUCUACCAUGAUAAACGUGAUCUUUUAAAUACUGUUGAUUGGGAAAAAUGGUUAUUUACUCCUGGGAUGCCACCUUUACAAAAAUUUGAUACUACAUUAGCCGAUAAUGUUUAUAUUUUAGCUAAUAAAUGGGUUAGUGCUGCGAAAUCUCAAAUGACUUCAGAACAGUUGUUGAAGGAGUUCCAAAAUGAUGAUAUUGCUGAAUUUAACGCCAAUCAAGUAGUAUUGUUCUUAGAGACUUUAACUACAGGUGGACACAACAUCACAGAAAAUGAAUCGUUUAAAUGGUCCAAUUAUUCUGAUGUUGCUAGAACAUUGUUACAAAUUUAUAAGAAGGGAAUAACUGAUUCUCAAAAUGCAGAAGUUGUCUUCAAAGUUUAUAAGUUUGAAAUAUUGGCUCAUUUGCAAGAAUAUUACUCAGAUUUGGCUGCAUGGUUAGGUACUGUGGGUCGUAUGAAAUUUGUGCGUCCAGGUUACAGAUUGUUAAAUCAAGUCGACCGUGAUUUGGCUUUAGCUACUUUCGAUAAAUUUAAGGAUACCUACCAUCCAAUCUGUCGUUCUCUGGUUAAACAAGAUCUGGGCUUGUAA